AUGUUUAUUUCGAGUCAAGUUAAAAGGAACUUUGGGGAUUGCAUAUUUUUGCCCCGAAACCACUUACCCUCUAGCAGAGGUGCGUUGUCGUUUGUACUACCUUCGGAAAAAGCAUAUUUAAAAAACAGAGAAAUCGUUUCAGUGUCCGAAAAUAGGAACUUUCAGACCCAGUACAUUCAACGAAAGCAAAUAAAAUUCCUUUUAUGUGCAAAUAGGAAAUACCAUCAUUGUGGACUUGUAGAAAGCAAAUGUAAUUUAAAAACACAGAAGCUUUUAACAGAUUCGGUUGAAAGUGUUAGCUUUCCAAAAAAAAUCGUGACCACCACAUCAAAGAUGAAAUUGACUAAUUCAACCUCCCGUUUGACAAGGUUGUCAUCAUCUAACUCAAAGGUGCGAAUAAUCGACACAUUGAAUGAUCAUCAAACGUUGGUAAACUUUCAGAUUUUGUUCUGCAAAAAUAAUCAUAAAACUACAAUUUUUACGCAGCAUAUUAUAUUUAACCGUAACCGGCGAUCCAUGGAACAGAUUAUACAGAAUAUUUUGUAUCACCAACAAGGUAAGCUCUGGCAUGCCACUAAAAGGAGCAUUUUACCUGUAUCAAAAGGUAUCCAAGGAUGCAGGCAUUGGGGUCUCUCGAGGAAGGAAAACAUUAUUCUUCUUUUAUUAACCAAUCAGAUUUUUGAAACUUGGAACUGCCCUUCAUUGGUCCAUUCUACUAAAGCAAUUCCCUAUCUAACAUUGUGCCAAAUUUCAUUCAUAAAGGCUAUUUACUUGCAAGUCAUUAUACCACCAUGUCAUGCUUAG